GGACUUGACUGUUGUAGAAAAAGAGGGGGAGGUAAGUCAUUAUUUAGGGGAAGAAAGAAAGAAAGAAAGUUGUCGACCGUGCAAUGCACACAGGGAGGGAUUUUAUAGAUACCGAGUGGCUCUUUUGAGACGGAGACCAGUCGGUAGAACAGAGUUUUCCUUCUCUUUCCGAACUUCCCCGCUAGCGGAAGGGAUCGAGCAAUGCCUCCGUUUUCUGAGGACGACGACCAAUGAGAGGAAGUCGACUUCCCCAGCAGACUGAGCCAAAAGCAGAUCGAAGCAAGACUUGGGGACGAUGCAGAUGUGGAGCCACGCGAGGGGCCACAAAAGAGGCCCUCCACCGUUAGAAAUGUCCCGCAUGUGUGCUUCUUCUGACUAGUCCAGCGGAGCCGACCUGCGCCUGUAGGUUGUCCACAUGACGGCCAAGCAGUAAGGAUUAAGUCAUGGCAGGAGUCCUCCCGAUGCCCUCCUUGGUCUUAUUCAGCUAGCUUUCUAUGUAUUUUCUGCUGGAAAUCAUUUCAGGGUGCUCAUUUCUUUGAGCUGCGUUUGAAGGUUUAGGAACGGCAGGAAAAAGCGGUCUUCGCCAUGGAUCGACCGAUAAGCAAGUUGCUGGAGAAACUGAAGCUGACCGACUCGGGCAGCGUCAAGUUCAGCGGCUCCAAGAAAAAGCACGACCCGGCCGGGAACGCCAACAACAGCAACGGGAACGGCGGCGGCGGUCCCGGUCUGGGAACGUCCCCCUCUCAGCUUCCUCAGCCGUCGUCCGUGCAGCCAGACGGAGACCAAGCGCCUCACCCUUCCACGUUGGCCCCGCUGAGGCGUCGCUCCCCUCAGCAGAGGGCCUCGUGUUACCUGGGCGAAGGACUGGACUCCCACCUGAGGCGAGAGUCCGGCCCGGGCCCCGAGUGCGACGUUCCGGGCCACAAGGCGUCCCUGAACCAGCGCCGCUACUCCCUGGAGCUCCAGCAGCUGGUCCGAAGGCAGCAGCUCCUCUCCCAACCGCCGCCGCCGCCGUACCCGGCCACCGCCGGAUACGGGUCGGCUCCCAGAGGCACGGCCGAGACGGGCUACCUGUCGGAACCCGAGAGACACAAGCGGCUUUCCCUCCAGGAGGCUUUAUUCUACAAACGCCUGAGCGCAGGGAGCGAACUGUGGGAGAGCCCGAGACCCGCGUCCCUUUCUCAUCCGCCGCACCGUCCCGCCGACGGCUUCCUGUACCCGCCGGGGCCCGCCCUGAGCCCGUGCUCGUCCUUCAGCCUCCAGGAGUCCGUGCUGGUCAGCCCCCGGUCCAGCUUCGCUUCCAGCACGGCCAGCGGAGGCGGAGGGGGCGGCAGCCCCAUGGGGAGCCGCUGCAGCAGCAACCGAACCAGCGGAAUCAGCCUGGGCUACGACUCUCGGUACUCCCUCCCGCCGCAGCAGCAGACCGCCUCCUCGCAGACGGGGCCAGUGUACGGAAGGACCCCCGUGGAGGCCUGGACUCAAUACCUGGACGGCGGGCUACGUCAGGGGGCGUACGACAGCCGGCACUCCUAUCCGCCGGCGGUGGGAAGUCCGGCCGCGGCGUGCUACCGGGUGGGCCCGGAGUGGUGGGACGAGCAGAGGUCGGGGGCGAGAGGCAAAGAAGGGGGCGUCGCGCCGGCCGAGAAGAGCCGCCACUCGGACCUGCCCGGCACACGCUACCAGGAAGAGCUGACCCGGCUUCUUCUGAGGGACGCGGCUCUCGAGGGCGGGGGUCUCCUGGAGGGCCUGAUGCUGAAAGAUCAGUCUGCGGCGCUGACCGCUCAGUCCAAACCCGGCGCGGCACCGGGACCGACGUCGGCCGGCGGCGCCCCGCUCAAAGCUCAGGAGGAGCUCGGGCCCGCCGCUGUGGAGAACCGUCAGGAAUUCUUUGGGACCUGCAUCAAGUGCGGUAAAGGCGUGUACGGCGCAGACAAUGCUUGCCAGGCUCUGGACAGCCUUUAUCACACGCGCUGCUUCACAUGCGUCUCCUGUGGACGCGCCUUGAGAAACAAGGACUUCUACAAUGUCAACGGCUCUGUGUAUUGCAAAGAAGAUUACAUGUUUUCCGGGUUUCAGGCCGCCGCCGAGAAGUGCAGCGUGUGUGGCCACCUCAUUCUGGAACAGAUCUUGCAGGCCCUAGGGAACUCGUACCAUCCCGGCUGCUUCCGCUGCGUGGUGUGCGCCAAGGCCCUGGACGGGGUGCCCUUCACCGUGGACCAGCACAGCAACAUCUACUGUGUGGCCGACUACAACAAGACUUUUGCCCCAAAGUGUGCUGCCUGCUUGCAGCCCAUCUUACCCACUGAGGGCAGCGAGGAGAUCCUCAGGGUUGUGUCCAUGAAUAAGGACUACCAUUUUGAGUGUUACCACUGUGAGGAGUGCGGCAAGCAGCUCUCCGAUAAGCCCGGCUCGCAGUGCUUCCCGCUGGACUCUCAUCUGCUCUGCCACCCGUGUCACAUGAGCAGAGCGUGCAGCGCCGCCACGCACAACUGAGGAGCCCCUCCCUCUCGUGCGUCGGUUCUUUAACGCUCGACAUGUAACUGCUGAUAUUAAGACAUUCCCACAGCUCCUUUUGACCUGCAUCCACCCUCCCCUAGACUCCAUUGUACCUGCUGUUGUUCUACUUUUACUGUAAGGUCACAAAAAAGGGAACAGGAAAGAGACUACUGCUCGUUUGCUGUAGAAGAACAAGGGAUUCUGCUAAACUGUUCAUAUUGUGUUGUUAGCAAAUGUUUUGCACUUAAAUCUCAACGUUACUGUUAAGAGAUUUUGUAAACCAGUCAAAUUUGAGGACAAUUACUGUCAUUUCUGUAUGCUGUAAUAACAUGUUUGUGUUCUGACUAUAGAUUAAAUAAGACAGCUUUGUGGUUGUACAUUUCAGAGAUCAUAUAAAAGAGAUUUUGAAGAUUUCCAGC